AUGCCUCCGACUACCAACGGACAGCCACCCGCAGUGAAGACUGUCGGGUAUAUCGGACUAGGCAAUGCCGGCUACUCGAUGGCUUCGAAUAUACCUAAAUCUGGCUACCAGCUGAUCGUCCACGACGUCGACACAGAAAGGGUGCAACGAGCGGCAAAAGAAUGGCCGAACACCACAGCCUGGAACGGCGACCCAAAGCAGUUCCAGGAAUGCGAAGUAGUCAUUACGAUGCUACCGCAAGGGAAGAUCGUUCGGGACGUCCUCCUCGGCAAGGACAACAUUGCAAGUGGACUGAAGCCAGGAACCAUCAUCGUCGACACAUCAUCCUCCAGUCCGUUCGACACGCAGGAGUUAGGCAAGGAGCUGGCGCAACAUCAACUCCAGCUCGUCGAUUCACCGAUCACUCAGACAUAUAUGCACGCAACAGACGCCGGCGAAUCAACGUUGAUGGUCGGAUCCGACUCGCGAGAAGCGUUCGAGAAGGUCGAACCCAUCCUUCGCUGCAUGGCCGGCUACAUCUUCCACAUGGGCCGCUUAGGAAAUGGCCACGCGAUGAAGACACUGAACAAUUACAUCAUGGCCUCCUCCAUCUGCGCUCUCUGCGACAGCUUAGUGACCGGGCAGAAAUACGGCCUCGACCCGCAGCAAAUGAUCGAUGUGCUGAACGUCGGCACAGGAGUGAACUUCCCUACUCUCGACACGUUCCGGCGAGACGGGAUCACGCGUCGUUAUAACAGCGGUUUCGGACUGGCGUUGCUGGUGAAGGAUCUAGGGAUUACGGAGGAGUUCAUGCAGCAUAACAAGUUUGAGACUGAGCUGCCGGCGUUGACGAAGAAGUAUCUAGGCGAUGCGUUGGGGCACGUUGAGCCGAUGGCUGAUCAUACGAAGGCGUUGGUGGGGUGGGAGAAGAGGUCCGGGGUUCAGUUGAAGAGGACGGAGAAGGUGGAGGAUCUUCCGGAGAAGGACUUUGAGCAUCGGUUGAAGGGGUUGAAUCGAGACAACUGA